GAAAGUAACAUUGCUGCAUGUUGAUCAAGAGUCUAGCUUAAUAAACAACAAUACAAGACGAAGAUAUUAUUUCAUCCUUCAUCACAAUUUAAUCUGUUUACAUCACAAUAAACAGGUUUGCCGCCAUGUGGAUCCAGGUGCGCACUAUGGAUGGCAAGGAGACCCAUCGGGUCGACUCCCUGUCCAAGCUCACCAAGGUGGAUGAGCUGCGUGGAAAAAUUCUGGAACUAUUUAACGUGGAACCAGACAGGCAAAGACUCUUUUACAGAGGCAAACAGAUGGAAGACGGUCACACCCUUUUCGACUAUAACGUGGGUUUGAACGACAUCGUACAGCUGCUGGUGCGACAAAGCGCCCCUUCUGCCCCGCUAUUGAAGGAGCCUAUCAAAGAGGCUGAGCUGUCCGACUCUGACUCUGGUUGCGGUUCGGCCCAGAGCGAGUCUGAUAAGUGCUCGACCCACGGCGAGAGUGAAGCUCAGAGCGCCGGAACCUCGGGCCAAACUGACACACUGGACCUCAUCGACCCCGGCUUUGGGUUUUAUAAGAUAAAUGAGUUUGUGGAUGCUCGAGACUUGAACAUGGGAGCUUGGUUUGAGGCGCAGAUCGUCAACGUGACAAAGUCCUCAGGAGAAGAUGGUGGAACUGAUGCAGAAGAGAUCAUUUACCACGUCAAAUAUGAAGAUUACCCAGAGAAUGGCGUGGUGCAGCUGCGUGGUAAUGAUGUACGCCCCCGAGCGCGCACGGUUUACCAGUGGCACCAGCUGGAGCAGGGCAUGAUUGUGAUGGUGAACUUUAACCCUGAUGAGCCCAAGGAGCGUGGCUACUGGUACGAUGCUGAGAUCCAGAGGAAGAGGGAAACGCGAACCCAGCGUGAAGUUUUCGGCAAGAUCCUGCUCGGGGAUGCUGGCGAUUCUCUUAACGACUGUCGUAUAAUGUUCGUGACCGAAAUCUACAAGAUCGAAGAGCCAGGAAGUUCAGAGGGACCAGGGGCUUCUUCCGACAGUCCUCUCAAGAGGUCAAAUGGACCGGAGUGUAAAGUUUGCAAAGAUGAUCCAAAGAAGAACUGUCGCAUGUGUAACUGUCACGUGUGCGGCGUGAAGCAGGAUCCAGAUAAACAGCUUCUGUGUGAUGAAUGUGACAUGGCGUUCCACACCUACUGCCUAAACCCGCCGCUAACCACCAUCCCAGAAGAUGAGGACUGGUACUGUCCAGAAUGUCGUAAUGACGCCACUGAGGUGGUUCUGGCUGGAGAGAAGCUAAAGGAAAGCAAGAAGAAAGCAAAGAUGGCUUCGGCGAGCUCGUCUAGUCAGAGGGACUGGGGAAAGGGUAUGGCGUGUGUCGGCCGCACUAAACAGUGCACCAUCGUCCCUUCCAACCAUUACGGUCCCAUUCCUGGAGUGCCAGUGGGAACUCAGUGGAAGUUUAGAGUGCAGGUGAGUGAAUCGGGAGUUCACAGACCUCAUGUUGCUGGAAUUCACGGCAGGAGUAACGAUGGUGCUUAUUCUCUCGUCCUCGCUGGUGGCUAUGAAGACGACGUGGAUGACGGUAAUGAGUUCACAUACACGGGCUCAGGGGGUCGUGAUCUUUCCGGAAACAAGAGAACAGCCGAACAGUCCUGCGAUCAGAAGCUCACCAACAUGAACAGGGCACUAGCUUUGAACUGCAAUGCCGCAGUGAACGAGAAGGAAGGGGCGGAGGCCAAGGACUGGAAGGCGGGGAAACCCGUGCGAGUGGUGCGAAGCUCCAAAGGUCGCAAACACAGCAAGUACAGUCCCGAAGACGGCAACCGAUAUGACGGAAUCUACAAGGUGGUGAAGUACUGGCCGGAGAAAGGCAAGUCUGGCUUCCUCGUUUGGAGAUACAUGCUGAAACGAAACGAUGACGAACCAGCGCCAUGGACACGUGACGGAAAAGAGCGCAUUAAAAAACUGGGGCUUACCAUGCAGUAUCCUGAGGGUUAUCUGGAGGCUGUUGCUGCAAAAGAAAAGGAAAAGGAGAACAAAAUUGAAGAUGACAUCGAAGAAACGCCUACUAAGGGCAAGAGAAAGAGGAAAUCUCAGAGCGUGGAUGAGAAGAGUUCUCCAGCUAAAGGCACACCUAAGAAGACGAAGGUGGAGGCGUAUAAACUGAGUAAAGAGCAGAAGGCUUUAAUCAAAGAUGAUGAGCUGAAUAAGAAACUGUGGGAUGAAGCCAUGGAGUCUCUUAGACUUGGACCGCGGUUCCUGAAUAAAGUGGAGGAGGUUUUCCUGUGCAUCUGCUGCCAGGAAGUCGUCUAUCAGCCAAUUACGACAGAGUGCCAACACAACGUCUGCAGGGAAUGCCUUCAGCGAUCUUUCAAAGCUGAGGUCUACACCUGUCCAGCUUGCCGACACGACUUGGGCAAAAACUACCAAAUGAUAGUGAACAAACCCCUUCAAGCCAUCCUCACCCAACUCUUCCCCGGAUACAGCAGCGGCCGGUUAUGAUACUCCUGCUGUCCGUGAACUACGACGGCAACAAGACGCAAUUCCACAAACGAAAACUGAUUUUGUUUUUUAAUAUAUUUAAAGAAUGUUAAGACGUAUCGGGUUGUAGGAUUGUUUUAAAAACCUCCACCUUGAUGGAGAACUGCUACUUAAUUUGGCCCUGUUUUGUGAUCUGCCUCUUAUCUAGCCAGUUGAUUUCUGUCCGUGGUCAUUUUUUUGUUGAAAUGCAAGCUUUGUAUUUACGAGUAAAGGUGAUUUAUAACGUUUUAGACGUAUUUUAGUUAUAGGUGCUUUCCUUAAGGUGCUUCCGUAAGAACCGCCUUGUACCUUACACCAGCACAAUGAAAUGUAGCUAUGCACAAAUUCCCUUGAAUUAUUUUUCCACCAGCAAAAAUGUUCUCGUCAUGUUACGUAACAAACGUUCGUACGAUUGCACUGGCUCCUGUUAAAACUGAUCCCGGUGCGAGGGUUUUCUACCGUAAAAUAACAUUCAGUGAUGUUUGGCUUUAAAAAAACAUUUAUCGUACCACUUUUAUUUUUUAUUAUUAUAGCAAACUAAAUAUUAAUCAAAAUGAACUGUAGUUAUGCACAAUUCCGAUGUUUGCAAUGACGAAUAGAUUUCGCCAGUAAUGCGUCGCCAUUACGUAGCUUUUCUGUCGUAAAAUAACAUUUCAUCGGCGUUUGGCUUUAAAAAUGUUUAUAUUGUACCACCGUCAUUUGAUAACCAACUAAAUGUAAUCUAAAUGAACUAGUGACGCACCAUUAUGGUGUUUUGCUUUUUCUUUCUACGAAUUUUUUGCUAGCCUUAAUUCAUCAUUAUGAUGUUAACAUAUGUUUGUACGAAUGCGUUGGCUCUUAAAUCCUGUUAAAUUGAUGCCGUUAUGUAAAGAUCCAUGAGUUUAGGGUGGCGUAGCUUUUCUAGCACACAGUAACGUUUAUUUACAUUCGGCUUUAUAAAACUUUUUUUAUUGUACUGCCGUUAUUGGCAACUAACUAAAUUUAUUCUAAAAUGGACUCAUUUUAAUCUUUAAUUUUACGUGAAAAUUUUGAAUUUUUUUUUUUUUCCCCCUUGUCCAUUUGAUUAGCAACUACAUUUUAAUAUGCUCAAAUUAAUACAUAUGAUCCCUCUUUCUAGUAUAUUUGCUUUGCUGUUUAACUACUGUAUGUGGUUUAGAAAUGGAGUGUAAUUUUUUUCACUAACCUCUGCCGUUAUGCAAACAGUGGUCACGUGUAUACAACCCACUGAGUACUUAUCCAGGGUUUGUUUUCAGGUUCUAUUUUGCAUUAUUAUACAUGGAUGAGUUGAUCCUGGAUAAGGUUUUGUACGCACCUGGUCUGCCUUAACUUUUUAAAUGUUUUCGAGGUAAAUCCUUGAACCGUUUUUCGCACAAACCCCAACAGUUUCUCAUUCAGGAAAUAUUUAAUGUAUCGUCUUUUCGCCCAAUGACGUUCUUUGCUUUUGUUAUAGUAUUCGCAAAAUAAAUGCCAAUGGCUGCAGGUAAUUCCUUUUUUUUUUUUUUUUUUUUUUUUUUUGUAUAAUUUGUUUUCUUUAGUUAUACCUCAACUAUUUCUAAUAUUUACAUAGACUGGAGCUGUAUAUUCUGAAAUUGAAAUUGUAUAUUUUUAGCACUUGUAUUUAGCCAUUGUAUGUAGUGGUUGGUGCAUAGCUAUUUCCUUGCACUGGUAUGAGUGCUAUAUUUUUCAAUAAACUGUAUUGAACUUUUAUAUAAAAUAAAUCACAACACGUGUGGUGUU